AUGCCCGAUUCGAAGCCUUGGCCCCAAGUUCCGGUGGGCAACGUGGACCACACACAAGCCGCCGUUGUGAUCGUGGGAUCCGGCUUCUCGGGCAUGUGUAUGGCGAUUGACCUGCUUAAGCGGAAUAAGUGUCAGAACUUCGUUAUUCUGGAAAAGGCCAGCGGAGUUGGAGGGACAUGGCUUGAUAAUAAGUAUCCUGGGUGCUGCUGUGACAUCUGGAGCUUACUAUACUCCUAUUCCUUCGAACAAAAUCCCGAUUGGACGCGCUUGUACCCGGGGCAGGAGGAAAUCCUUGGAUACCUUCAAGGCGUGGCUCAGAAGUACGGUCUCUACAAACAUAUCCGCUUCAAUAGCACCGUUGAAGAAGCGCGUUGGGAUGAGGCGGAGAAGAAAUGGAAAACCUCUGUGCGCGUCUCGGGCGACAAAGACGCAGAGUUUUCAGAAGGCUACACGAUCAGCUCCGACUUCCUGGUCUCUGCAGUUGGUCAACUAAACGUGCCGCAGUAUCCCAGAAUCCCAGGGCUAGAUGACUUCAAGGGCAAGAAGAUGCACUCAGCGCGGUGGGACUGGAGCUAUGGGCUGGAAGGGAAGCGGAUUGCAGUCAUCGGAAACGGGGCUUCCGCGGUGCAGAUAAUCCCAGAGAUUGCGAAGGUUGCGUCUAAAGUCACAGUCUACCAGCGGCAAGCCAACUGGGUAGUUCCGCGGCUUGAUAAGCCUGUCUCCCCGUUGAUGCGACUGGCGUACCGCUACGUGCCGCCCCUCCGGUGGCGUACACGGGCGUCGAUGAUGGACUACCGGGAGUCGUUCUACUCGGCCGUCUUUGACCGCGAGUCGGCCUUUGCCGAGCAGCUGCGGCAAUGGUGCCUCGGGUCGAUGCGACAGCACUUCCCGGGCCAGCCCGAGAUGUGGCAGAAGCUCACGCCCAACUACAGCCCUGGCUGCAAGCGCGUCAUCAUCUCGGACGACUACUACCCUGCUCUGGCACGCGACAACGUCUCGCUCGUCACGGAGCCGAUUAGCCACAUGACCGAGACGGGCAUCGCGGUGGAAGGCGGAGACGACGAGGAGUUCGACCUCAUCGUGCUGGCGACGGGCUUCCGAUCCGUCGAAUUCAUGCACCCGAUCAAGAUCACGGGGGCGCAGGGACAGCCGCUGUCGGAGGUAUGGAAGCAGGGGGCGUGCGCGUAUCUGGGGGUUGUGGUAGAGAGCCUGCCCAACUUCGGCAUCUUCUACGGGCCCAACACCAACCUCGGGCACAACUCGAUCGUGCUGAUGAUCGAAGCUCAGUCGCGGUACCUGAACGCCAUGGUUGCAAAGGUGCUGGAGGCGCGCAAGCAGGGCAAGCAGCUGGCGAUGCUGCCCAAGCCGGAGGUGGUGCGUAGGUUCAACGCGGAGCUGCAGCAGGAGCUGGAGAAGAGUUCGUUCGCGGACCCGAACUGCCAGAGCUGGUACAAGAACGACGAAGGCAAGAUCACCAACAACUGGAGCCAGACGGUGGUGGACUACCAGCACAAGCUGGAGACGGUGCACUGGGACGAGUUCGUCCUCGAGGGGUCUGGAGCGGACGUGGUGAACCAGAGGGACACCAAGGUCGGGCGCGUGGUCGAAGAGACGCGGGUGAGCAACACGACGAUUGCUUUGAGCGCGCUGAGCAUGCUUGCUGUUGCUGGCGGUUUUCUCGCAAGAGGCAACAUGCGGCUGAGGAUGCGAUAG